AUGCUUCUGCAAGAACGAGCAUGCAGCAGUUGCUCAUCUCAUGCUGGGUCAGUUGCAGACAAGGGUAACUCAGUUUGUUUCCCAGGGAACCGACAUCGGAGAGCAGUACUGACGGGUAGCAAACCUGACAUCACAUCCCUGGAGGUCCUGUCCUUCAACAGCACUGAACCCCCUGAACUCACUUUGCAGGAACUCGUCACUUGUCCUGCCCACGUCAUUGAGUGUUUUGACCAUGCCACAAUGUUUAUAACUGUCUGCUUGUUGCUGAGUUUCCUGGAUUUCACGAAACAGCAGUCGCUGUCGCCCCGGGCGCUGACCGUGGCUCCUAAGGUCCCGUGCGCGCCAUCCCCAGCCUGCGAGUCCAGACUGCGGAGGGAUGCCGGGGGGCGCGGAGGGGUCUAUGAACAUCUCGGAGGAGCACCCAGGCGGAGGAGGCUCUACUGUGCCACCAAGUACCAUCUGCAGAUCCAUCUCAAUGGGAAGAUCAACGGCACGCUGGAAAAAAACAGCAUCUUCAGUAUCUUGGAAAUAACUGCUGUCGACGUGGGAGUGGUGGCGAUCAAAGGCUUGUUUUCGGGUAGAUAUCUGGCCAUGAACAAAAGAGGACGCCUAUACGCCUCGGAAGUCUACACUCCAGAGUGUGAGUUUGUAGAGAGAAUUCAUGAGUUGGGAUAUAACACGUACGCGUCCAGAUCUUACAGGACCAUUCCAACCCUAUCGGGAUCAAGCCGCAGAAACAGCGCUGAGAGACUCUGGUAUGUGUCCAUCAACGGCAAGGGGCGACCAAGGAGAGGCUUCAAAACCCGAAGAACUCAAAAAUCUUCCCUUUUCUUGCCGAGGGUGCUGGACAGCAAAGAUCACGAAAUUGUCCGGUUAUUCCGUACUGGUUCCAAAAAGCGAGAGGCCCUGGUGAAAAAUCCAAGCAAGGCGGAGAAAAGGAGAGCUGCCCAAUAG